AUGCUUCAAAACCACGUGGCACGAUCUCUACACAAAACGACGAAGCGAUGUUUCAAUUGGAGAGAUUCGAUGAAAGAGGGCACUUUUUCAGCGGAUAUUCAGGAAAAUAAACCGACACAUAUCAUUGUGGGAGCUGGAAGUGCCGGAUGUGUUUUGGCCAAUCGCCUAACAGAAGACCCAUCAAACCGAGUUCUUCUCAUCGAAGCGGGUCCGAUUGAUCAUAAAUGGGAUUGGAGAAUUCAUAUGCCGGCCGCAUUGAUGUAUAAUUUGUGUUCGGAGACGUACAAUUGGCAUUAUCAUACAACUGCACAGAAGAAUUUGGGGAAUCGAACGUUUUAUUGGCCGAGAGGCAGAGUAUGGGGCGGAAGUUCGACACUCAACGCGAUGUGUUAUGUCCGUGGCCACGCCCUCGACUACGAUCGUUGGGCCCAAGAGGAAGGUGCAACCGGAUGGAAUUACUCGAAUUGUCUUCCGUAUUUCAAAAAAGCUGAAACAUACUCUCAUGCCACUGGAGACAGUGAUCCGUAUCGUGGAACGAAGGGACCGUUGUUUGUGAAGAAAGGAGACGCAGAGAAUGUGUUGCAUAAGGCAUGGCUGAAAACUGGAAAGGAGCAUCCAUUGGGAUUCACAGAGGAUAUGAAUGGAGAGAGACAAGAGGGCAUUUCGACUAUGGAUAUGACAAUUCAUAAUGGGGAAAGAUGGUCCGCAUCCAAAGCGUACGUACAUCCAAUCCGCAACCGACCCAAUCUCAUCACAUCAUCUGGAAUCACGUGCACCCGAGUCCUUUUUGAUAAAUCACGAGCCAUUGGCAUUGAAUUUAUCCGAAAAUUGAAUUUCGUUGGCACCGAUUCCAUUGAUUCAUAUAGCCGAGAGAAGAUUUACUGUCAGGGAGACGUGAUUUUGGCUGGUGGAGCAAUCAAUACGCCGCAGAUUCUGAUGUUGAGUGGAGUCGGACCUGCGGAACACUUGAGAAGUCAUGAGAUACCGUUGGUCGCUGAUUUGCCGGGAGUCGGUCAAAACCUUCAAGAUCAUCUGGAAAUCUAUGUCCAACAAGAAUCCCUAAAACCAGUGACUCUAUACAAUAAAAGUUCUUGGAAAUUCCCACAUAAUAUGGUGAAAAUCGGUGUGGAAUGGUUCACGAAUCGAACUGGACUCGGUGCAUCGUCUCAUUUAGAAACUGGUGGAUUCGCGAGAUCCGAUGAGAAUGUCAGUCAUCCGGAUAUCCAAUUUCAUUUCUUGCCGUCGACAGUGCAUGACGAUGGAAGGACGAAUGGAACGUGUCAUGGAUAUCAAGUUCAUGUUGGUCCGAUGCGUUCACAAUCGAAAGGAUACAUAAUGCUCCAAGCGAAAGAUCCACGUCGUGCUCCGAUAAUCAAUCCAAAUUAUAUGAAUGAAGACGCCGAUUGGAGAGAAUUCAGAAGAUGUAUCCGUCUGUCUCGGGAACUAUUCGCAUCGAAAGCGUUCGACGAAUUCAGAGGAAAAGAGUUGGCGCCUGGGGAGAAAUGUCAAUCCGAUGCUGAUAUUGACCGAUUUGUGAAGGAGAAGGCCGCGUCGGCAUAUCACCCGUCUUGUACUUGUAAAAUGGGAUCGGAGAGUGAUAAGAUGGCUGUGGUGAAUCCGGAGACUAUGGGAGUUUAUGGGACGGAGAAUUUGAAGAUCGUCGACGCCAGUGUGAUGCCCUCAAUCGUCAGUGGAAACCUGAAUGCCCCAGUGAUAAUGAUGGCGGAGAGAGCGGCUGACUUGAUAAAACACAAGAAACAAUUACUUCCAGCAUCUGAUGCGAAAGUUUGGAAGCAUAAUUAG